AUGGCAACUGGACCUAUCAUGACGGACCCCAUCUGUCUGGUGGAAAACUACAGAAAUGAUCUGAGAGUAAAUCCCAAAGCACUGAAUAUUCUUGAGACUAUAUCUCAGCCAGUGGUGGUGGUGGCCAUGACAGGGCUGUGUAGGACAGGUAAAUCCUACCUAAUGAACCGCCUGGCUGGACAUAACCGUGGUUUCCAGCUGGGUUACACAGUGAAGGCUGAAACAAAGGGCAUCUGGAUAUGGUGUGUACCUCAUCCCUCCAAGAUAAAUCACACCCUGAUACUUCUGGACACUGAGGGCCUAAGUAAUGUAGAAAAGGGUGAUUCCAGGAAUGACUCUUGGAUCUUGGCACUGGCCGUGCUUCUGAGCAGUGCAUUUGUCUACAACAGCAUUGGCACCAUCAACUACCAAGUCAUGGAACAGCUACACUAUGUAGUUGAAUUAGGAAACCUAAUCAGAACAAACUCUUGUCCGAGUACUAAAGAAUUAAAUGAUUCAGCAGAGUUUGUGACUUUCUUUCCAGACUAUAUUUGGACUUUAUGGCAUUUCGUGUUGAAGUUGGAGUUAAAUGGAUGGAGUAUCACUGAAGAUGAGUACCUGGAGAAUGCUUUGAAAUUGGUUCAAGGAUUCAAAACUCAAAACUUGAAUGAUUCUAAAGAUUGUAUCAGGAAGUUCUUUCCCAAACGAAAAUGCUUUGUUUUUAAACAACCCACAAAAGAUGAUGAUCUAUUGCUCAACCUUGAGGAAGCAACAGAAAACCAACUGGAAUUGAUUUUCCGGGAGCAAUCCCAAAAUUUCUGUUCUUAUAUCUUCACAAAUACAAAACCCAAGGCCCUAAGAGGUGGAAUCAUUAUCAAAGGGAAUGUCAAUGUAGGUCCUCCAGAGCUUCUUGAAAUCUCAAGGAUCAACAGAGCAAGCCAUUCUUCAAGCAGACAAAUCCCUCACCAAUGA